CUAUGGAACACCAAAAAGAACAGAAAACAUGGCUUUUGUAGGGUUUGCUGUAUUAGUUUCUCAGGAGAUUCACUGAUGUGCUUUGACAGAAGCUAUCUUUUCCUUGAAUAUAAAUAUCAGGGUGCAGUCAACAGAUGCCCUGCUAACACUGGCUUGCUGGGGCAGAUAGACAGCCAGUUCUUCCUUAUUUCUGUUCUAGAAAAUAAUGUAGCUUUUUCAAAUUUCAUUGUUGGAUUGCAGUUUCUGUAACAUAGUCUUGUUGACUAAUUCAGUUAUUACUGGAUGUGAUGUGUUGCUUUGACAGGAGCUUUUGUUUUGUUUGCUUGUACAGUCUGAGACACACAAUUUUCAUUUGCUUUUGAAUUUUCUAUAUUAACUGCAAAAGUACAGAGAGAAAGGAUUCAUGGUUUAUCUUGGAUUAUCCAAACUUGCUUUGGAGCAUUAUUGCCAAAGGCCAUUGCGCUUAGUGAUUAUUAUGUUUAUGAAGUUGUUGUAUUUUCUCAAACCACAACUCUUGUAAAAGGAUAAUUAAGUUAAAGCUUGGGCUAUUCUUUGCAGAUUCUGUGCCGGCGCCAAAAUAUUUUCAAACAAUAUGUAGUUAUCAUUUCAAAGAUAUCCUUUUAACUUGAAAUACUAAAUAGUGUAAUAAGAUUUUUAAACAUACUACUGUCCUUCUAGUUUACUGAAUAUUAAUUUUAAGGUGAAAGCAAGCCAUUUGUCUUGCACUGCCGUUAGAAAUCAGAUGUGAAAUGUGCUACUUCAUAUGAAGGCUUCAGCUUCAUGUUCUUGCUCUAAAUUAAUCUUUAUGCCAUUGGUCUUUUGGGGAAAGGGAGAAACAACAAAAGUGUUGCUGUUUGCAGCUGUUGUUGUUGAACACUUUAAAAAUCAGUUUUCGUGAAUCACAAACUACCAAAGGUUUUGUGCUGUGUGUUGAUAUAGAGUAUAAUUUAACACUACGUUGGAUAAUGCUUGAGCUGGAGUUUGUAAGGAUGCUUGAUGUUAGUAGUUGACUUUUUGAAAAAUGAAGGGAAUGACUUCCCAUCAGUCCUACAGCUUAAAUGUCAGGUGCUUAAUCUUAAUUAGCACACUUAAGCUUUAUGUUCUUAUUUUAAAGAAAAUGCAAAAGUAAGAUGACUUUUUUUAAAAAUCAAAAUCUGUACUGGCUAAAUGGUCACUAAUCCUAUUCCUAAACAUCUAGUAACUUUUGAAGCUGUAUUUGUGCAGAAUUUUUGACACUUGUGCUGCAGUGUAAAUGGAAGUUAGAAGUAGCACUGUUAGAAGUUGUAUAAUGACAACAUACUGCCUUAUCAAUACCAUUCUUAAUGUUGCACCUGAAGUACUAUGGUUUUUAUAAAAAUCUCACGUUUCUCAACUUUUAAACAUGCUUUAGUAUUUGCUUGAGAUUAUACUUUGCACACAUAACUAAGCUUUAUAUGAACUUAUAUUUUUGUAAGAUAAUGUUGAAGGAAAGCUGUUUCAGAGUUUACUGCCUGUUUUCUUUUCCCAUAGGUGUUCUAUAGGUUUCUGUAAAAGUGAUGUACAAGAUGAUGUAGUUGAUCUGUGUAAUAUCUCUUCACAUUAUAAUGAAGCUGUAUUUUCAUGACCACAUGCCAAAAAAGAAGCACAUGAUUUCUCCUUAGGCUUCAUGGUCCAGCCUCCCUUUUGUUGGCACUAGUAAUAGUGUGGCCUUCUGAUGGGCAAGAUCAGCACAGUGAUUUGGAUUGAAGCUUGUCUGGCUAAAUGGAAGAUUAGCCAGAGCAGGAUAGACCAUGUCUUUCAGCUGCAGUCGUCUUUAGAUCAGCUGAAGGUAACACAAAAUAGCAUUCUGUGAAAGGAGGGCACAGCAGUUAAUUUAAAAUAUCCUGUCUCAUGAUGGCUGUUUCAUUCAUGCAUGGAGGGUGUUGGUCUCUUCUCUCAAGUAGCAAGUGAUAGGACAAGAGGAAAUGGCCCCAGGUUGGAGCAGGGGAGGUUUAGAUUGGAUAUUAGGAAAAAUUUAUUCCUGGGAAGGGUUGUCAGGCAUUGGAACAGGCUGCCCAGGGAAGCGGUGGAGUCACCAUCCCUGGAGGGGUUUAAAAGGUGUUUAGCUGAGGUUCUUAGGGACAUGGUUUAGUGCCAGAGUUAGGUUAUGGUUGGACUUGAUGACCUUGAGGGUCUCUUCCGCAUGAAAUGAUUCUAUGAAAGGAACAUUUCACACCACUUCAUAGCUAUGCACCUAUUUUCUAUACAUGGCAGGAAACAAUAUGUCCUUGUUAUAAAUUGAAUUUGUAUUAUCUCAAACAUGAGCUUGGUUUUGAAAGGGGUGUUUUUGUUAUCUCUUAUGUCAGUCUAGUAGAGAAUUAGAAAUUUUUUGGCAUUUUACUGGGCUUCAGUGUGAACAUAUGAAGAAGAGCAAGUUGAGUUGGAUGUAGACAUGUAAAUAUUGGUAUUGAGUCAUUUGAACCUCUAUGUGACUUCACAACAAUAGUAAGAAAUAAAAAAAUAUAUAUAUAUUUAUUUUCAGGGAAGCAAGCAGGGGUUGGAAGUAUAAAAGUUUAUGGAGUAGCCCAGUAUUUAAUCUGCAGUAUUUCAAGUGACCUUCAGUGAGUGUUUCAUAACUGUUUUGAUUAUCAGUAUUAACUGUUGGGUUUUUUUUAAGUUGUACAGACAUCUUAGUUAUUCCCUUUUAUGUAAUUAAUAUCAAAUGCUCUAGUUAAAGUGCAAAGGUACUACUCAUAAUGGAAAUCAUAUAUGAACAGAAUACAACUGUAUUUCUUCUGUAAACAGGAUUUUUUACAUCCUUCUUCCCACCUCCCAGUAGUCAGUCCUGUACCACACAUACUUAAAUAAGACUAUUGGGACACAAUUAAAGUAGUGUGGUUUUUUAAAUUGUGAACGAGAAUAUUUAAGAGAAACUCAAAACUUUAAAAAGUUUGGAUUUAAUUUUGAGUAUAUGAUUAAAAGAGCUUUCGCAAUUCCAACUGUUUUAAAAGCUCUCUGCCUGUAAUUUAAAAAUCUUUGAUAUAAGCUGUGACCCUGAUUAACAUGAGUGUCUGCUUUUAAGAGAAGAGAAAGCACCCAUUUUCUUUAAUCUUAACCCGAAUACUUCCUUUUCAGUGUAAAUACUUGUUGCUACCUAUAAAAUAAAAUAUUGUUCACCCUUCUCCUAUCUGCCUGGAGUACUGCUGUUUCUUUGAUGUGCAGAAUAAAUUAAGAUGCAAAAUAAUUUGGGAUUUCUCCUCACUGUUAAAUUCAGGCUGAUGGAAGGAUUAUCACAUGAAACUUAAAUUCUUAAUGCUAACUUGUAGCUUUACUAACUGUGAGGUGUGGUCUUAGACACAGCUGGUCAACAGGAUUUUUUUCUCUGUUCUCCCCAGAAACAUCCUAUCUGUCCCCAUUGCCUGAAGACAACAGAAAUGCCAGGUUUCUAGGGUUGCACUGAAUCAGUAACAAGCUUGUGAUGUUCUAGGUCCAAUGAUUAGUUCUGUGACAAGACAUCAUGACACUUUGAAGUAUGACAGAAGCCCUGAUGCUGCAGCAGAGCCUGGGAAUAUUAAUGGCCAAAUCUAGACAUCACAUGGUCUUCUAAAGAAGUCAUGGGUAGCUGUUGUAGCUGUCCAGAUAAAGAAACUGUCUCAGAUAACCAUCGAAACAAGUUUAAGGUCAUUAAUGUGGAUGAUGAUGGUAAUGAACUGGGUUCUGGCAUAAUGGAGCUUACAGAUACAGAACUAAUUUUGUACACCCGUAAAAGGGACUCUGUAAAAUGGCACUACCUCUGUCUCCGUCGCUAUGGCUAUGACUCAAAUCUUUUCUCUUUUGAAAGUGGCCGAAGGUGUCAAACUGGACAAGGAAUCUUUGCCUUUAAAUGUGCACGUGCAGAAGAGCUAUUUAAUAUGUUGCAAGAGAUAAUGCAGAAUAAUAGCAUAAAUGUGGUAGAAGAACCAGUAGUAGAAAGGAAUAAUCAUCAAACUGAGUUGGAAGCUCCAAGAACCCCUCGAACGCCUACCACUCCUGGGUUCAAUGCACAAAGUUUACCUAACGGCUAUCCCAGAUACCCAUCUUUUGGAGACGCUUCAUCACAUCCUUCCAGCAGACAUCCUUCUGUCGGAAGUGCACGCCUCCCCUCUGUUGGUGAAGAAUCAACACAUCCUUUACUUGUAGCAGAGGAGCCAGUGCACACUUACGUCAACACUACUGGGGUACAAGAGGAAAGAAAAAAUCGAUCAAGUGUGCAUGCGCCACUGGAGUCAAAGCUUUCCAACACUGAGACAACUAAAGAGAAAGAAGAUCAGAUGUGUACUGAUGACAGAGAUGCUCAGGUUCUCCUGGAACCUGAAGGAGUCAAGUUUGUUUUAGGACCAACACCUGUUCAAAGGCAGUUAAUGGAAAGAGAGAAACUGGAGCAACUUGGGAGAGACCAAGUCAGUGGCAGCAGCACAAACAACACUGAAUGGGACACAGGGUACGACAGCGAUGAACGUCGAGAAACACCAUCUGGUAAUAAAUUGGUGUAUGAAAAUAUAAAUAGGUUAUCAAUCCCUAGUGCCUCAGGGGUCAGGAGAGGUCGUUUGACAUCAACCAGUACCUCAGACACCCAGAACAUUAACAACUCUGCUCAGAGGAGAACUGCACUGUUGAACUAUGAGAACUUGCCAUCCUUGCCUCCUGUUUGGGAAGCCCACAAGCUGAGUAGAGAUGAAGAUGACAGUUUAGGACCAAAGACCCCGUCUCUGAAUGGCUAUCACAAUAACCUAGAUCCAAUGCAUAAUUAUGUCAAUACAGAGAAUGUAACAGUACCAACAAGUGCUCAUAAAGUAGAAUUUACACGACGUCGGGACUGUACCCCAACAGUCUUUAACUUUGACAUUAGGCGUCCAAGUUUAGAACACAGGCAGCUCAACUACAUACAGGUUGACUUGGAAGGUGGUAGUGACUCCGACAACCCUCAGACUCCAAAAACCCCCACCACUCCACUUCCGCAAACUCCAACCAGGCGCACAGAGCUGUAUGCUGUGAUAGAUAUUGAAAGAACUGCUGCUAUGUCAAGCUUGCAAAAAGCACUGCCCCGAGAUGAUGGUACUUCUAGGAAAACUAGACAUAACAGUACUGACCUGCCUAUGUGAGCCUGGGAAGCAUUAAAUCAUUUGCACCUUUUGUGAAGUUUAUAAAAUUGAAGAUGCAAAUACUUUGCAUUUCUUAACACUAACGCCUUUUAUAGACUAAUAGAACUUUUUCUGCAUACUUCAUGUACUUGUCUAACUAAAGGGAAUUAAUGUAGAGCAAGUAUUCAUUUAGGUAACACUAUUUCAUUCUACAGUAGUAGUAAUUACUGCAUAGCAGCAUCACCACCUUUCACAGUGCCUCUUUAAAUUGAUUAGUCUGAGUGACAUGCCAGUUUUGAAUUUAUAAAUAUUCUGGUCUGGUGCCUAUACUCGUUAAUGGCAUUUAUAACACUUUUUAAAGCCUCUUGAUAUGUGCAUUAUUAGCAGGUAAACCUAAUCAUUCAAGGUAUCUAUCUUAUGUUCAUUCUUCAUUGAAGUGUCUCCGCCAGGAUGAAAUGUGUGUAAUGCAUUAAUUCACUCAGUUUGACGUACACAAGAUACAUUGGUUCAUCUCAAGGGAUAUGGACACCAUACCUUUUUUGUCUGUGUUUGGUUGUUUGCCCUUUUUUUUUAAUACCGCAUGGGCAAGAAGGCCUCUAAUUCCCAAUAAUUUUCUUAACUUGUGUGACAUUUGAGAGGUCACAUUGAAGUUCAUUGAUCAGAGCUAUAAAUGCAUCUAAACUCAGCCUUAAGCUUCUUCCGCUAGAAGAGAAUUCUGAGUGGCAUAUCAAGUUCCCUGUGAAAUCUGACAGAAUUUUAAUCUAAUUAGAGUGGUGUUUUUUGUUUCUGUUUUUUGUGAAGGAAUUCACAGGUUGGCUGUAUGAAUUAAGGCUCUCUUGUCAUUUCUUAGUUAAGUGUGCCUUCCUUUCUUUGCAUUUGUGUGUUUCUCUUUUAUCUGUUCAGUAAUGUCCUGUUUUAAAAGUAAAAAUUUUGUACAUAGCUUUAAUUAUUGUUCAGGGUCAUUUAUGUGUUUGUCUUACUCUCCACAUUUGACAGACUCUUGAAGGUCAAAUGGUUGUCUUUGUCCAGUGUUCUACUUGUUUUAUGCCUGACAGAAAUACCCCAGCUCUCCAGCAGCAUGCAUUAUUGCACAACUGGAAAGGUUUAUUAUGCAGUUAUUGUCUUCCUCUAAAGCAUCAGACACAGGUUACACGGGAGGCAGGGUACUGGACUUGAUAGUUCUUAAAGAAAAUUGUGCAUUCUAGCAGUGUGCAUCCAUAGUCGAUAGUAUACUUUAAUUUAGAAAGAUAUGUACUAAAUUAUCUGAAGGUAGUAUUAUCUACAAGCGUACUACUAUUCCUUUUGCAGUUGGUGAACUUGGUUACAAUGAUGGCUGCUCAGUGUUACAGGUACAUCCAGGUAGAAUGGUGUUUGUUGAACAUGCCAGAUGCACCCUUAGCAGAAGUUUUGGGGUUUGUUUUGGUUUUUUUAAUACUCUGAAUAAUUUUAGAAUUCUGGCAGUAUUGCAGGUGCACCUUGGUACUAGCAGCAGAAGAGAUUAUUCUUGAGCCUGUUAUUGCAAAGGAACUGACACUUGUGUGAACUGGUGUGAUGUAAAAUAAUCCUUGAACUGUGAUUGAGGAAAAACAUGCAAGAAAAGCCAUUUGGAGAUCUGAAAAAUGAAUUAAGGUCUUCAUGCAAUAUUUUAAUUGAAGUUUUAUAAAGAACUAUGAUUAUUUUCAGUCUUUUAAAUUGGAGUGUAUUCCUGUUCCUUUGGUAACUUUUUCUUUGGUGUUCUCUCAGCUUAGUAGCGGCAACAGUGGCAACACCUGAAGUACGUGCCACAUCAUCAAGGGAUAUUGGGCAACUCUGACUUUCAUUAUUCUUUACAGACUGUAUGGUACUGAAAUAUCAAAUGCACAAAUAAUGCGAUUUGCAGAAGUAAAAGAUGGGAGUCAGUGAGACUGUUAUGAGGAAGUUCAACAAGAGUAAAAAAAAAUCCCAAACCAACUCAUUAAUGAUUUCAUGGUCAACUUACGCAUACUCUUGUGAUAGACUCAUUGACUUGUGGGGACACCUUGGUACUCAAGAAGGUAAUGAUGACCUAGGGCUAGACAUUUUACAGGUCUGCAGCAUUCAUGCUCCUUCAGAUCUUUGCCAUUGCCUCACCUUAUGCUAUGGACCAGUCUUGGUCUGUACUGAAGAGAAAUUACCAGGUACUUUAAAAUAUUUACCGGGUUAAUGACACUGGUGUGAUUCUUGUUCUUAGCUUAUAAUUUGUGGGCUGAGUAAUGCUGACGCAUGUGUUUUGAGGCAAACGUGUUUGAGCUAGCUAGCUGCCUAGAAAUAUUUGGUCCUCAUCUAUAUAAUAUGGGGUUUUUAGAAAUACUAAUUAACUGGACCUUUCUAAUACACCUGUGAGGCAGGAAAGUAAUAUUCUUAAUUGAGAAACAGGGAAACAGAAGCUUCAGGUAGAUCCCAAAUGACCUGCCAAAAUUACACCAACCAACCAUAUUCCUCCUUAGUUCCAGUGCACUGUCCUAUGUGUUUAUCCUGAAUAGUCUCAGAUGCAAGGGAUGGUCUGAGUAAUUUUUUUAUAUUAUUGCAAGUUUCACAGUACUUCAUAGGGGGAGUUUUCUUAGCUCUGGUCCCUGGAACUGAGAACAUAUUGAAAUACCAACUUUCUGUAGCCUUAUAUUAACACGUUAUGGCAUAUUUCCAGGACUAUUUUUUUUUUACUCUCUUACAUUUUACAGGUGGGAUAAUGCUUUCUCUUUUUGUGUACGCUGCAAACAUACUGGGUAAUCCCUGUUACCCAUGCUAUUCGUCUUUAGCAUUCCUUCUUUUCACCCCUUGAAGUAGAUAUAGUUUCAAUGCACUUUACCCUUUGAGACUCAGUAAAUAUUUUUUCAAUUCAGUCUCUUUAAAGGCUGUGAUGUUAGGUUUAGUGUCUGUAAUCUAGGAUUUGGUUUCUAGCUGAAAUCUCUCCACAGUAUUUAGAUCAUAUUUAUUUUGGGCCCACAAGUGUAUAGUCUGAGAGAUGGUUACAAAUAUGUGACCAUUUUCUGUAGUAACUGAGAUAUGUUAAGUUUACAGAAACUAGGUCCUGCAAAAAUGGCAGCCUCUCUGUCAGUUCUACUUUUCAUCUGUAACAUGCAGUUGGCUGCUACCCUUCACGCACAUUUGACAAGGGAAAGCGAUAGUCUGUAGGUAUGUCCUUAACGCAAUGAUUUGGGGAAGACAUACGCUGGUGUAUCUUUGAAACAAGGAAACUGAGUUGAUAAAGAAGGUGAAACAGCAACCAAAAGUACAUAAUAAAGAUUGUACUAGAAAUACAGUUAACGAUAAUUUAAUCCAUAGCAGGAAGAUGUUUGGUUAUUUUUUUUCCUCAAAUUGAUGCCAAGAAGAGGACCAAUUUUAAUUUUGUGGUGUUCCUUGGUGACUCCAUAAAACAAUACAAAAAAGACCAUUCUGAGAAGCUGAUAAGUAUGUUUUGCUUAUGACAGGAGUUGAGCAUAAUGGUGGGCGUUGAAGCACACCUCUUCAUGUUCCUAUUAAAGUCUUUAUAGACUUUUGUAGACAUCUUAAAUGUUCAAAUAGACAUUUCAUACCAUAAACUACUUAAUACCUGCUCCCCUCCAGACGUUUGGAUUUUGUGCGUUUGUUUACACCUCUGACUAGCGCCUUGGUGUAAAAAGGGCCACAGAAAGGUCUAAGCUGUACAAAGUCCAAACCAAUGUCAAAACAGGGCUGCUCUUUUGCAGGUGACAGACCAGCAGCUGAUUUUGCUGGUUUUAUAACGGUGUGUGUUGGCUCAAAAUCUGGCUGUCCUUGUUUCUGUUUUAUACUUAACCACUUUUCAAUGAGAGAGAGAGAGCAGAUUGUCUUUAUUCAUUGUUGGUGAAGUGAAAAUGCAAGUUCUGAUUAAUGUCAGUUACUACUUUGAGCAUAUAAUGAUGGAUCUGAUUUGGACCUCUGUUUCUAAGCAGUAUUCUCUUCUUCAUGUAAGGUGGGAUCAAUGGUGAGAUUAAUUUCUGCACUGUACUAAUUUAUUUAAUGGCUGCAAAUAAGAUAAACGGAUGUAGUAGGAACUAAUAGUGGACUUAAAUCUGAAAUUCUCCUGUUUCCCUUAAAGAACUUUGGUCCUUCAGUUUGAUAGAUAGAAUUAUUGGUUUUUUGAAUUUAAUGAUAAGAUCUUUCCCAUCUUUUCCUUAAGGUAGCAAUUCAGGCAUUUAUAUUUGACAGUAUUUACUUAAUAUAAACAUAAUUCAUUUACAAUAUUUUUAUUUUAAAUUCAUAUACACUCCAAAAAUAAAAAGUACAUGAGAAAUUCCAUCACAAAAAACUGCGUUAAGAUGGAGUCAAGGUUGCUGAUGUCCUUAGAGAGCAUAUAUGAAAGAUGGGAAGUCAUGAGUUAAGGUUCUUCUGCAAUCUUUAGGAAUUACUUCCUCUUUUGGACAAGAUAAGUGAAUAAGAAAAAAAAAAAAACAUAGCAGCUGUAACUCUGACCAUGUAUAUGUUAUUUCUUGUGAUACUGUGCUGUAAGUUGUGUGACCAAGUCUGUCAGAUGUCUUAAGAGGAUAUUAUCCUAACACGGCGUUUACUCCAGAUUAACGCAGUAUUUUGUUUGGAAAUACGUAGGUGUACAGAUAGAAUAUGAGAGAUAAAGUUACCUUUAAAGUUGAUGAAACAAGUGUUGGACAUUUCUAUAUUUUUAUAUAUUACAAAGGGCAUUUUGAAAUUUUUCUUGCAGUUUUCGUAAUUAUUUAGUGUGGUAAUAUACAUAUAUUGUGACAAUGUUUUCUGCUAUAUCCAUUACUUCGGUGUAAUUCUAUUUUAUGUAGCAAACAUGUGUAUAUACAAAGGAGAUUAUGUAAAAAAUACGAUUAAGAAAUAGGCUCGAGCCCUUCCGAACAGGGACCGUCUUCCUCUGUGUUUGCAAAGCCCUUAAUGCCUUGGUGUCCCAGCCGUAGCUCACGCCUGAGACCCAUGGCGACCGAAUUGCCAAGCGAUGAGCGUGGAGGAGCAGCUCCUCCGCUUUCGUCGAGAAGCCUUAGUCCACAAGGUGCCCCAAAGCUCCCCGCGCUGCUCUCUGGUGCUGGGGCUCUGCUCUGCGUGUUCCCUCCGUCCUCAGCCUGGAGAGCCCGGAGUUCCUGUGUCCUUUGCUCCGGUCCUUCCCCUUGGCAGGAGGAAAGGAGGUGUGAGGGUAGUAGCUUUGAUGGCAUCGGGGAACCUUCCCUGGUAGCAGGGCGAUCCUUCUGGAGCUCGUUUGGGCCCCAUGCAGCAUCCUUUGAAGCCAAACGAAUGAUUCAUGUUGACUUCGAGGGCCGCUGGAUGCGUUUCCUACAAGAUCAAGUUCUGCUGAUGUAACAGCUCUGUUACACCUGAGGACCUGGUUGGUCAAGUUCUUCAGGAAUGGUCUAAAAAUACUGUAAAAAUAUAAAUAUAUUUAAAUACAUGUACUGAAAAAAAAUCCUAUUUGUUGUGGUCAGAGUUCAGAUUAUUAUGUGAAUUUUGAUUUCUUAGUCAUACUUGCAUAUAUAUUGCUUUAACUAUUAUGUAUGAAAGAGGAAGUGAUUCUAAAGUGUGUGAAAGAUCAGGAUUACACCUGUUUUUUAACGGUUAUGUUAUUUAGGAAUGGAUGUCAGCAAAUUCAACUCCAUAUUAAUGCAGUUUUUUUGCAUUAGAAUAUGUGUGUAUAUCAUACACCCACAUUUUAUAUAUAAUAUAUAUUUGGUACUAACUUUGUAUUUUCCCUGAGAUUUUGCCAAAUCUCGAACACAGAUGUUCUCACGUGUAAGACUUUGGUACUUAAAAACUGAAUGUAUAAGAAAUGCUCUGGUAUGAAAGGAAAGAGUGUUGUCUGGGGUCCCACAGCACAGAUGUCGCAAACAGCGGGCACGUUGCCUUUUUAACAUCUUGCGUCACUGCAGCAUCACCUUUCGUCUCCUGAAAAACAGCCCGGGUUCCAGCUCACCUGCAGACCUGCCAUUACAGUGCAGCCGAACGCCGCUCUAGCAUGAAAGCCAACUGGUAGUAGUAAGAAUACAAUAGUCACCAGUGUGCCACAAAUGCAUUUAUUAAAUGCAGAAAUAGACAUUUCUACAAAGGCCAAAAUCUUAUGUUGUAUGUUCCUUUCUUGUCAUUACAUUGUAUGAUAUUGUAAGAUUAUUGUAUGUCCUAAUUUGCAUUAUAAAAUGUUUUUUUUCCUACUUAAAGGCAUAAAUAUAGCAACUUUGUAUAAAGGUAGCUUUCUAGAUUUUUAUUUCUUUUAUAUAAAAAAGUCUAAACAGUGGGAGUACCAUUGCCAAAUUGUUUCUAAAACUUCAAUUAAUUUGCCCUGUUCAAUGCAUUUGUUUUUACAAACAUUCCAUAUUUCUUUUAUGAAAAAAGUGUUGUUAUACUAUGCAGAAAGAGUGUAUUUUUAUGCCAUUCCACAUUAUUCUUAAAAAAAUUUCACUUGUUUUAAGCUGUCCUUGAGAAAGCUUACCAAAUGUGCAUUUUUAAAAAAUGUGUUAUGUACGAUGACAACAUUUUUCCCCUUUACCAGUGCCAACUUCACUUGGAAAAAAAAAUAAAUUGUAGCAUGGCAAUAAACUAUUGAUUUUACAUUGAAAA